CAUCCUUGCCAUGACGUCUCGCGCUCGGGAUCUACCGUGUUGUGACCGUGGCCGUGGCCGCGGGGGCCAGAACCUCUUCCUCCCGAUCAAUGUCCCCGGCCCUAUUUCCUAGACGCGAGGCGAUGACUUCACGGAUGAGGUACAUACCGUACAUCAAGGGUCCAGGUCGUCAGAGAAGAUGCUUGAUCAUCCAUCUCGUCUAUAUAAUAUCCCGAGAUGGCCCCCUCCAGACGAGAAAAGAUAUCCCUAUCACCAACAACAUCACAGCCUUCACUCAGCUUCAAGUCUUAAGCUUCUCCUACCGCUCCUCAGAAUAUAUCCUCACUCUCUCUCUCUCUCACACACGCACACACACACACACACACACACACACACACACACACGACAACCAUCAUACCUUCACCCCAUCAUCAAAGCCUUUACGGAAUUUCAUCUUCCUUCACUCUUCCCAAGCAACGACUGAAGACAUAUUACCCAUCUGCUCCUCUCCCAGUUAGACCAAAGGCUUAACAAUCCAACUCCACACAUCGAAUCCCAUAUAUCUCCCUACUUCAGACACAAUGGCUGCAUUCGCUUUUAAGUCUGCUCCCACAGUGGCCGUCUAUGGACGUAGCGGCUAUAACCGAGACGGAGACGACGAUGAACGUCAGAACCGAGGCCGCUCUGGC